AAUGCUGGUGGAGAUGCUGGAUCACGUAGCUUGGCGACUUUUCAAAGAGAGAAUCCGCCAGUGUUUAAAGGGAAGCAUGAUCCAGAUGCAGCAUUGGGAUGGUUGAAAGAGAUUGAGAGAAUCUUCCGUGUUAUGGAUUGCACUCCAGCUCAGAAGGUUCGGUAUGGUACUCACAUGCUAGCAGUCGAAGCUGAUGACUGGUGGCUAGAGACUCACGAGAGGUUGACCGUGGCAGGUGAAGACAUUACUUGGGAUGUAUUCCGUAGGGAAUUUCUGAGAAAGUAUUAUCCAGAAGAUGUCCGUGGUAAGAAGGAAAUUGAGUUCCUUGAGCUGAAGCAAGGAAACAUGUCUGUCACUGAUUAUGCUGCGAAAUUUGUGGAGCUGUCCAAAUUUUAUCCUCAUUACACUGGUGCGGGUGCUGAAUUUUCAAAGUGCAUCAAGUUUGAGAACGGAUUGCGCUCUGAAAUUAAGAAGGCUGUUGGGUAUCAGAAGAUACGCAUUUUUACUGAACUGGUUGAUAGCUGCAGGAUAUUUGAGGAAGACAAUAAUGCUCAUUACAAGAUUGUCAGUGACCGCAGAGGCAAGCAACAUCAAAAUCGUGGCAAGCCGUAUGAUGCUCCAGCUGGAAAAGGGAAACAAGGAGCUGCUCCGGCUCAGAGGACUAGUAGGGGAGGUGCUCCUGCUGGUAUAGUUUGCUUCAAAUGUGGUCAGGCUGGUCAUAAGAGUAAUGUAUGCACUGCUGAAGUAAAGAGGUGUUUUCGCUGUGGUAAGACUGGUCAUGCAAUAGCUGAUUGCAAGCACAAGGAAGUGAUUUGUUUUAAUUGUGGCGAAGAAGGGCAUAUUGGAAGUCAGUGUCAGAAGCCAAAGAAAUCUCAGACUGGGAAGGUGUUCGCAUUGACCGGAACUCAAACCUCCUAUGAGGACAGACUUAUCCGAGGUACAUGUUUCAUAAAUGGUACUCCUUUAAUUACUAUUAUUGAUACCGGUGCUACCCACUGUUUUAUUUCUGCUAACUGUGCUCGAAGACUGGGUUUAAAAUUGUCCGCUUUGGAUGGUGAAUUGAUUGUUGAGACCCCAGCUAAGGGAUCAGUAACUACUUCUUUGGUAUGUUUAAAAUGUCCUUUGUCGAUCUUCGAUAAAGAUUUCUAUGUUGAUUUAGUAUGUUUGCAGUUGGAUGGGAUAGAUGUAAUUCUUGGUAUGAACUGGUUAGAGUAUAAUUAUGUUCAUAUAAAUUGUCAUCAUAAGUCGGUGAGGUUUUCCACUCCUGAAGAGGAAGGAGUUGACUUAUUACCUUUCAGAGAAUUGCGAAAAUUGAUGAAAGAGGGAGCUCAGAUGUUUUCUUUGAUGGCGACGUUGUCGGUUGAAAGUAAAGCUAAGAUAGAAGAACUGUUAGUGGUGAAAGAAUUCCCUGAAGUUUUUCCUGAUGAAAUUCCUAGUGUGCCGCCAGAGAGGGAAGUUGAAUUUACCAUUGAUCUGGUACCUGGUACUAGGCCUGUCUCGAUGAAGAAAGAGGGUAGUAUGAGGCUUUGUAUUGAUUAUAGACAAUUGAAU